CGCAGAGGCCGGAAGCGGGGUUGGCGUUCCGGGUCAGUUGCGAGCCAUGGAAGGUUUCGCGGAGGGCUGCAGGCUGCCGUGCGAGGGGCCGGCCGAGGAGGCCGAGCCCCAGGUGGCGGCCUGGAGCGGGGACAGCGGUAACGUGUCCCAGAGCCACAGCAGCGCAUCGGUGCCGUGGGAGGAUGAGGGCCCGGAGUCGGGCGCGCCCAGCCGGGACCUGCCGCUGCUGCGCCGCGCCGCCGCGGGCUACGCCGCCUGCCUGCUUCCUGGCGCGGGGCCGCGGCCCGAGGUCGAGGAGCUGGACGCGAGCCUGGAGGACCUCCUCACCAGGGUGGACGAGUUUGUGGGCAUGCUGGACAUGCUGCGCGGCGACUCCUCCCACGUGGUCAGCGAGGGCGUGCCUUGCAUUUACGCGAAGGCCACCGAGAUGCGGAGAGUGUACAGCAAGAUCGACCGGCUGGAGGCCUUCGUCAGGAUGAUCGGCGCCAGUGUAGCCAGUCUGGAGGAGCAGGUCUCCAGGGCGGAGGCCGAGCUGGGGACGUUCCCCAGUACGUUUAGGAAACUCCUGCGCACAAUUAACGUGCCCUCCUUCUUUAACAAGGCGCCCUCCAGCAGGUCCCAGGGGACCAGCUACGAACCCCCCGUCGUGUUUCGAACCGAAGACCACUUUCCUUGUUGCAGCGAAAGACCUCAGGUCUGAGUCCGCGGGACAGCGCUGCGAGAGGGCGGGUCUGAAAUUCUCUCGAGUAGUAAUCAAAUCAGUUGAAAAUCCUGUUACUAGACAUACGUGAUGUUGGAGUAUGGAAUUGUAAAGUUUAUUUUUUGCACACUUGAUUUCUCAGUAUAUUCAUCAUUUCACGAAGGAUGUGUGAUUUUCUACGUCUUCCAGUUCAAACUUGAAACUUCAAAGCUGCUUGUUGGGGGGCAUCGGGGAAGCAAAAUGAAUGAACUUACCUGGGCACUGUGGCAGAACUGCUAUUUUUAUGGAUUUUACAGCUCAACUAACAGUAUUACCUUUUCAAGAUUUGUAUAUUUGUAUACCGUUAGGAAAACUGAGCCUUUGAAGCCUUGUUAAUUCGAUCCUAAUAGUGAUUCAGUUUUCAAUAGCUUACUUCUAGGAUGGUAAAUUAUUUAAAAUUAUAUUAAACUUUCCGUAUAGUGGAUUGCAAACCGAAGGAAACUAUACAAUUUCUGAGAAAACGUAUUGAUUUAUUGCAACUCAUUCUGAAGUUUUUUUUUGAAAGUAUGACCUCACAGUUUGUCCAUAGCAAACGUGUCUAUAUAUGAUUCCCAACGUUUGGUUUAUAAUUAAUAUUAAUAAAAAAUUUAAAUUUUAUUGGAAAGGUUUUCCAUCUGAAAAGGACUGUACGUAUUUUCCUUUUUGCUUGUUUGAAAAUAGACACGUUGAGUAUCUGAUUUUAGGAGUGGGAUAAAGAUAGUUCACAGCAUUAAAUAUUUAUUUCUCCUCAAA